AUGAUAUUGUCGCUUCUCUGUAUCCCGGCCGCAUUCCUGGCUUCUGUGACGGAAGCAGUGUCGGUCUUCACUCCGGCCAGACCUCCUGCCCUUCCACUGGCUGUGAAGUCUCCGUACUUGAGCACCUGGUUGCCCGCUGGGAAAGAUGGUGGAAAUGGAGGAUACCUGGCUGGAGAAUGGCCGACCUUCUGGGAAGGUCAGAUCAAUGGCUGGGCUGGUAUGAUUCGUGUUGAUGGUAAUGUUUACACUUGGAUGGGGCUACCGGGAACGACCACGGUCAAUCAAACCGCCUAUGAAUACACGUCGACAAAGAGCAUUUUUACUUUACAUGUUGGAAACUUGGUCGAGAUGAAUGUUACGUUCUUGUCACCGAUCACGCCAGACGACUUGCGGAGACAAUCGCUCAUAUUCUCUUACCUUGAUAUUGAUGUCGCGUCGCUGGAUGGCAAGGAUCAUGAUGUGCAACUCUACACGGAUAUUUCAGCAGAAUGGGUGUCAGGAGACCGAAAAGCUAUAGUGGAGUGGGACCACGGUGUCACCAAGGACGGUGUUUCUUAUCAUAAGAUCAAUCGACAAACGCAACUGCUAUUCUCUGAAGUCAAGGAUCAGGCUGAAUGGGGUGAGUGGUACUGGGCGACAGACAGCGGAGACGGUCUUACCUACCAGUCUGGGGGUGGUUCUGCUGUUCGGGACGCGUUUACCAAGAAUGGAAAACUCGACAAUUCGAAAGACAGCAACUAUCGUGCUAUCUCGGACAAUUGGCCGGUAUUUGGGUUUGCCCGUAAUCUGGGAUCGGUGAAGGCAGGAGGAGCGCUGUUCACCAUCGGUUUAGCCCAGAGAGAUGCGAUCCAGUAUAGUGGUAGCUCGGAUGGAACCAUUGCCGAGCCUUCGCUGUGGACGAGCUACUUUAGCGAUGGGCCAGCAGCGCUUGAUUUUUUCCAUCAUGAUUAUGCGGAGUCAAGUUCUCUUUCAUCGGACUUGGACAAACGGAUUGCCAAGGAUUCUCUGGCUGCAGCUGGCCAGGAUUACCUGACCAUCACGUCCCUCAGUGCCCGCCAGGCGUUUGCUGCGACCCAACUUUGCGGAACCCCAGAUAACACCUAUCUUUUCAUGAAAGAGAUUUCGUCGAAUGGAAAUAUGAACACGGUCGAUGUCAUCUUUCCCGCUCACCCUGUCUUCCUGUACACCAACCCGCAGCUUCUAAAAUUUUUGAUGAAGCCACUUUACGAGAUCCAAGAACGUGGCAAAUAUCCUAACAGAUACGCGAUGCAUGAUAUCGGAAGCCAUUAUCCCAAUGCGACCGGUCACCCCGAUGGCAACGACGAGCCAAUGCCUCUGGAAGAAUGCGGCAACAUGGUGAUUAUGGCUUUGGCAUAUGCUCUUAAGGCCAAAGACAUGGAUUAUCUCGACCUUCACUACAAACACCUGAAGCAAUGGACGGCUUAUCUGGUAGAAGAUGCUAUCUACCCAGCAAAUCAGAUAUCCACCGACGACUUCGCUGGUCCUUUGGCUAACCAGACAAACUUGGCACUGAAGGGAAUAAUUGGUAUUCAGGCUAUGGCCUCCAUUGGCAACUUGACCGAGGACUUUGACGUUGCCACUAACCACUCACGCAUUGCUCAUGAUUACAUCGAACGGUGGCAGACGUUGGGAAUCGCACACAACGCAGACCCACCACACACGACCUUGUCGUACGGAUCCAAUCAGUCUCAUGGGCUUUUGUAUAAUCUGUACGCCGAUCGCGAGUUGGGAUUGAACCUGGUUCCACAAUCUGUUUACGACAUGCAAAGCAAGUUCUAUCCCACCGUACAGAAUACCUAUGGCGUGCCACUUGAUACUCGCCAUGAAUAUACGAAGGGUGACUGGGAACUCUUUACGGCGGCCAUUGCCUCGAAAGAUACGCGAGACAUGUUCAUUCGGCGACUUGCUAAGUGGAUCGACGAGACUCCUACUAACCGCGCUCUUACUGACUUAUAUGAUACAAAGAGUGGAGAUUACCCUCAAAUUACAUUCAUUGCUCGUCCAGUCAUGGGAGGUGCCUUUUCUUUGAUUCUUCUUGACCAAGGCCUCUGA